AUGGCUAUUGGACCAACUAUUUAUCAUACAGAAUGGAAGAAACUGAAUCAAAGUAGACCAUGUGAAUCUUGUUCUGACCCGUGCAUGAAUGGAGGGACUUGUGAGGGAGGCACUUGUACUUGCCUUGAAGGAUUUACUGGCACUGCAUGUGAGGAAAAGAUUACAUCAGUAACGUGCGAAAGUGACUCUAUGACCGUUAUCAUACAUAUUGAUCUUUUUGUCGGCAUUGACCCAGAAGAUGUUCAUUUUCGAGACAGUACCUGCCCAUCUUCCCGUACCAAUUCUACUCAUAUAGAACUUAGUACGAAGUAUGACGAGUGUCUUACCACCAGAACGGAAAAUGAUACAACCAUUACAUUUUCGAAUGUCAUCGCUUAUUUCAUGCCUGAGCCUAUACCUGGCACUGAUAUCACCCGUCAAUACCAGAAGCAGCUUGAGGUUUCGUGCUGUCUCGACAAGACAUCGCAAGUGGGUCAAUCUUUCAAACCGACGCUUGGUAAAGUAAAAUUUACCGACAAGGGAUCCGGUCACUUCCGCCUGAACAUCGCAAGGUUCAUGGACGAGUCCUUUGAUGAGCCCGAAUAUGACAACGCCGAGGUCCAGCAAAGCCAGGCGCUCUACUUCGGAGUCCACCUUAGAUCAGUUGAAGAAGUUGGUAUGUUUAUCGAAGGAUGCUGGGCGACGGCGGGCCCAGGUGGUGAUUCUACUCCAAGACAUGAUCUGUUUACUGACAGAUGCCCUUCUGAUUUGGAUGAAACGGUUCAAGUUUUUUUUCCGGAUGAAACUGAUCAAGAAGGAUUUAAGUUUGACGCAUUUGCCUUUGUUGGAGAUCAUAACAUGGUAUACAUUCACUGUGAAGUGAUGGUGUGUAUGAAUGAAGAGGCCAAGGUGUAUCGAGAUUGCUCCGACAUUCGCGAUGAGGGACGCAAACGUCGUUCUUCUUCAUUCCUUUCCACCCAAACGAUAAGUAGCGCACCGGUUCGCGUCAGCCGCUCAACCAACGACAUGGCUACUAGGGAUCUGUCUGAAUACAAUUCGUUUGGGAUGUUCCUCAUUGGAUUGUUUGCAACCGUGGUUGCUAUAGCAAUCCUGAUGGGCGUGGUCAAGCUAAUCGGUCGUCCAACUGGCAUCAACUAUAAGCGAGUCCCAACUGCUUCCAUGGAAGGGAUUUAGAAGCGAUUAACGACCAGAGUGGAAUUCAUAUUCGGAGUGACGUCGCGUGAAUUACCGCGCUACUUGGAAACUUUGAACCCGUAUCACAAAACUUAGCAAUGGUCGUAUAUUUUUUUACGAUUGAUUGCAUUGACUACAAUGCACUAAUCGUUAAAAAAAUCCAACGUACGAUCAAUCGUUAUGCUUUGUCUUACGGAGCCUUGAUGCGCAAGGUCAAGGGUCAAAUCAUUAACAUUUCAAAAGUUAUCUCAAUACAAUUAGAAAAGUUCAAAUAUGUUUAACGUUCCUUAACUUGAAAUACAGAAAUAUUAUUGGAAAGAAAAAAAAUCCGCUGAUAUUAUCCUCACAAACAUACCACUCUGGCGGCAUCACAGAAAGGCAUAGAAAUUCUCCUUACUUAUAACAAGCUAUUGAAGAGGCAUAGAAUAGCACUUAUUAUUCAACUGUAAUGAUAAUUAUGAUUCAUUUAAGUAUUUAUUCUUACUUUACUGUAGUGCUGGUUUGGGGCUUAUAUUUGAUAUUUUUGCAUUGUGUUUAAUGUAGGUUAAUGGAAGACUAAGAAAAUUAGUAAAAUCAUUGUAAGAAUUAAUUCAAACAUAAUCGUAUCAUUCUAUAUAUUUGCACUCAUUAUAUUGUUUGAUGCUCCUGGACGAAAACAACAUCAAGAAUCGAUGAAUCAAACAAUAAAACAAAUCCGCUGAUAUAUAUAGUUCUCCUCACAGAGCACUAUGAAAUCAAACAGAAAACUUAAAAUCCUUAGAUGUAUUUUUCCUUAUAUAUCAUUACCCCUUCAAGGAGCAAUCGGAUAACAAAUAACAUGAAUAUAUUACUUUUUAUUUAUCUAAGCAUUUCUUGUUGAUUUAAUUAACCUCUUGUAGUGGGCGUAUUGUUUUGUUUUAAUCAUAUUUUAAUGUAAGUUUAAUAUGUAAAACUGAGUAAGUACUAAAAUCAUUGUCAAAAUUAAUUGUAGCAUAUUCUCAUUAUAUGUAGAAAGGUUUGCCAACAAUAUUUGACGUUCCUAGAUAGCAACAACACGAAAUAAAGAUUCAAGAAAAAAAAAUCAGCUGACGUCAACUAUUCUCCUGAAAUACCACUCUAGCUUUAAAAGAGGGUAUAAAUAUUCACCUUAUCUACGCGUUGGUCUUAAAGGAACAUUUCAUUAUUGAAAAUAUAUAUAUUCAAAUUCAAUUAUAACAAUCCUUGUCAUUUGUUCAAUUAUUUCUUCUUAGUCUAAUUCACUGCUGGUGGCGAUGUAUAUUUCAUAGUCGUGCAUUUUGUUUUAGAGUAAGUUUUCGGAAGAUUAUUCUCUUAAAUGUAUGAAGCUACAAUCUGGGGGCAAUCUGCAAAAACUUAAGUGUGAUAUAUGGGGCGUUGCAAGAAACAAUUGCAAGUCUAAUUCAGUCAUAUCUCUUGUAAUUAAUUGUGAAUUUCGGAUUGAUUGCUGGCCUUCUCCUUGCAACAAGUAUAGUGUAAUCUGAUUUCUUUCAGCUAAAUUUGAUCUAUUCAUUGUAAAAUUGCAACAGAAUAUUCGCGAUUGAUUGGAUUUUUUUCUUGCAACACCCCUUUAGAGCUUUUUAGAGUAUAGGCCUCGAUAAAACGCAUCACUGCAUUCGUCAAAAUAUGCUUAGACUGUGCUUUAAAUAUAAUGUGUGCAACCGUACGCCAUAUAAGCAUAAUUUCAAGUCACACCCCAGGUGGGUGUUUCAUAAAGCUGUUCGUAAGAUACGAAUGACUUUACGCACGACUGGUGAUCCUUUCUUGUGCUGUGUGAUAUAUCCCUGUGUGGUUGACUUACCACCUGAGAACAUGUUCCAGUCGUGCGUAACUUUACGAAAAGCUUUAUGAAAUAGCCACCUGAUCUCUUAUUCCACGUCUCGGUGUGAGAAGAUCUCAUUCCUAAUGAAUUGAUAUUAGCAUCUUUAGAGAGUGAAAUUCACGACUGUUUUUUUGAGUGAUAAUGUAAAAAAAAAAAGAUCCACAGUUAGCUCUAAUAGAAGCUAUCAUAAUCUAUUUCACUAAAACGGUAUUGGUUCCUCGUGUCACUCCAAAUGGGAAUGUUAUUACUGUGAAUUGUCUCUUUUGCAAUUAGAGUGUAAAUCAGAGUAACACCAUUGUACGAAUUAAUUAUACCCUUUUUUUGUUUUAUCAUACAAGAAUUUGCGAUCGUAAAAAUCAAAACAAAUUUCAUAUAGAAGAUACUCCGUCAAUAGUUUUUAAGAUUCCAGCAAACUAAUUUUUUAACUUAUCGAAAUUGUGUCCCUUUCUUAAUUUGAAAUUCCUUGUUUCUAAGUUACGUUUAUGAAAAUACAGACAUAAGUUUCGAUAAUUUGUAUAACAUAAUUAUGCUCUUGUCCAUUCUUAACGGAAAUUAUCAGAAUUCAUAUAUCUUUAAAGGCUGACACUUCGACUGUUAGCUGCUCUGGUCAUUAUUUGUUUUCUAACAAAAUUUCCCUUUCUUAACGAUUUUUUAAUUACCACUAUAACCUACAACAUCAAGUGAAUUAUGUUUCUAACAUAAUAAUGUUAAAUACAAUACGAUCAUGAAAGUUCAUCUGUGUUGGUAAGAGAUAACGAUUUUGUUGAACUUUAGUUCACAACACAAAAAGCACCUUAGUGACGUAAUGGUCGAUGAUCGGGUCGUAGACAUUCGGAAGCUUGUAUCGCCCACCCCCUCCCGUCUCUGUUGAGAGAAGGUCUGAACGUCAAGGUCAAAUCGGGUCACAUCGCUGACGAAGGUUGCAGUUAGCAGCCGAAAAUUUCGAAGUAACUCUUCGUUAUUUUCUGUUUUUUUGUGUUGUGAACUAAACUUCAACAAAAUCGUGAUAGGUACAAUACUUUAUCUUCUACAAUGCUGGUAGUAUAAACUGUUGACCUAAAAAAUCAUCUGUAAUUCACAAAUACAUACGUAAAUAAAGUCAUUUCAAUUAAAUUUCUUAUUUCAUCUUAGAUUAAGGCAAUUAAUCAUUUGUGGCUUAUUUCAAAUGUCGGGAAGUAGUUUAUCAUUAUCUAGAUCGUAUUAAAGUACUCUUAAUCAAAUGAAGUAGAUAAAAAACAA